UUCACCAGCAACGUCGAAAAUGCUGCAGGAGAAGGCUUCAGCUGUGACGGAAGAAUGUAUGAGCCGGGUUCAGACCGAGGUGGAGACAGAUCUACUUCCAGACCAGUCACGACUGGGCCAAUCCACAGCUUCCGCCAUUCCCAGCUCCAGUGAGCCUGAACAGAACAUUGAGAACAUUAAAGUCCUCCUUCAUGAGAGGGAACUGUGGAAGAAGUUCCAUGAAGCCGGUACAGAGAUGAUCAUUACUAAAGCAGGCAGGAGGAUGUUUCCUAGCUACAAAGUCAAAGUGACUGGGAUGAACCCCAAAACCAAGUACAUCCUACUAAUUGACAUUGUCCCAGGUGAUGACCACCGCUACAAGUUCUGUGAUAACAAGUGGAUGGUGGCUGGAAAAGCAGAACCAGCAAUGCCAGGGAGACUCUAUGUGCACCCAGAUUCCCCUGCCACAGGAGCUCACUGGAUGAGGCAACUGGUAUCGUUUCAGAAACUCAAGCUUACAAACAAUCAUCUUGACCCUUUUGGGCAUAUCAUCCUGAACUCUAUGCACAAGUACCAGCCCAGACUACACAUAGUCAAAGCCGAUGAGAACAACGCCUUUGGAUCCAAGAACACUGCCUACUGUACUCAUGUCUUUCAUGAGACAGCAUUCAUCUCUGUAACCUCGUAUCAAAACCACAAGAUCACUCAGCUAAAAAUAGAAAACAAUCCAUUUGCCAAGGGAUUCCGAGGUAGUGAAGAAGGAGAUCUGCGCGUUGCAAGACUACAGGGGAAAGAAUAUCCAGUGAUUUCAAAGAACAUGGUUCGCCAGAGGCUCAUCUCCUCACAAAGUAACCUUGCAGGGAAGCUUGGAGCAGGAGUUCUAUCGGGGCACCCUCAAGUCCUGUCCUCUUAUCAAUAUGAGACUGGUGUUACUUUGUCUAAUGCAGGCCCACAAGAUCCUAUCUCAAACCACUUCCCUCAGAACAGAGAACCCAGCCUUCUGUACCACUGCUUUAAACACAGAGAUAAUGCCCGACACCUGGAGCUUGGAUGUAAGCGGCCAUAUCUGGAGACACCAUCUGUGGGCUCAGAGGAGCAUUACUUUCGGUCAGCUCCCUCUUAUGAAUCGUCCCUACUGUCUCAUCCAUACUGCACUGAGUCGAUCACCUCUAGAGAAGCUUGUAUGUAUGGUAGUAUGGAAACAGAGUCUGGAUCUGUGGCAGGGGACACAGAUGACCUGACCAACUCCCCUUCAAUAAAUUGCAACAUGUGGGCUACAAUGCAGUCCUACCCACGCUAUAGCGUGGAUGGUGUCCCGUACCAGCCCUUCACAGCUCACUUCACCAACGCUGCCACAGUGACACCUGUGGUACCCCACCCCACGUCAUCCAUGGCGUCAAGGUCACAGGCUGACUUGGGUAUCUACGGCUCUGCUUCAGUCCAGCGUGGUCUGCCCGUCAUACCUACAUCCUCCUCCUCUUCAUCAUGUUCUCCAGCUGUUCCAGGGUCCAGAGAUAGGUCAGGUCGUCCAUCUCUGUACCACAAGAAGCCUGGGUCACCGCUCCGGCCGCACAGAGAUUUCUCAGCCUAUCCCACACAAGGCACUAUAUCCAUCCGGGAUCCAUCCUAUCAGUACCAAGUGGGGCUUAGCAGUGCAGGGACUCACUGGACUGACAGUUAA